AUGGCGGUGUAUUAUAAAUUUAAGAGUGCAAAAGAUUACGAUUCAAUUCCCAUGGAUGGUCCUUUCAUCUCUGUUGGCACAUUGAAACAAAAUGUUUUUGUAUCCAAGCAUUUAGGGAGGGGUACUGAUUUCGACCUACUGGUCACCAACGCCCAGACCAAUGAAGAAUAUCUUGAUGAAGAAAUGUUGAUUCCUAAAAAUACCUCAGUAUUAAUUAGACGGGUUCCAGGGCAGGCGCGAUUACCAAUUGUUACUGAACCACAACAAGAGGUGGAAAAUAAGGUGGUGGCAACUGAACCUGAGAACAUUAGCUUACCAGCAGAUGAUACGUCUGCCAUGAAAUAUCCUGAAAAUUUGGACUGGGAUGAAUUUGGCACUGAUUUAUAUUCAAUUCCUGAUCAACUGCCUGUUCAAUCGAGCAACAUGAUUCCAGAGGCUCCUCCAACUAACAAUGCUGACGAAGACAGUAAGAUUAAGGCCUUGAUUGACACUCCAGCGUUGGAUUGGCAACAUCAAGGUUCAGACUUUGGCCCUGGUAGAGGUUUUCAAAGGGGCAUGGGUGGACGGAUGGGUGGUGGGCGUGGUUUUGGUUUGGAGCGGAAAACUCCUCCAGAAGGAUAUGUAUGCCAUAGAUGCAAGGUGCCUGGACAUUUCAUUCAGCAUUGCCCUACAAAUGGUGAUUCAACUUUUGACAUAAAAAAAGUCAGGCAACCUACUGGUAUUCCUAGAUCUAUGCUGAUGGUAAAUCCACAAGGUUCCUAUGCUUUACUAAAUGGUUCAGUAGCUGUUUUGAAGCCAAAUGAGGCUGCUUUUGAUAAAGAAAUGGAAGGGUUGUCAUCUACACGUUCAGUUGGUGAUCUACCACCUGAGCUCCACUGCCCCUUGUGCAAUAAUGUCAUGAAAAAUGCUGUAUUGACAAGCAAGUGUUGUUUUAAAAGCUUCUGUGACAAAUGUAUUAGGGACUAUAUUAUGUCCAAGUCUGCUUGUGUAUGCCAUGCAAAAAAUGUUCUUGCAGAUGAUCUCUUACCAAAUAAUACGCUUAGAGAUGCCAUCAAUCGCAUUUUGGAGUCUGGCAAUGGCAGUACUGAAAAUGCUGGGAGCACUUACCAAGUUCAAGAUAUGGUGUCUUCUCGUCGUCAACAGCCCACAAUACCUUCUCCUACUUCAUCUGCUGCCUCUAAGGGAGAACCAAAGGCUUUACCAGUUAAUGAAGAAAUAACAAAUAUGCAGGAAAUAGCUGAUGAAAGAAAGCCUGUCUCUACACAGCAGGUAUCGGAGCAAGUGAAGAUUCCUAGAGCAGCUGAUGUAUCUGAAGCUACUCAUGAGUCUAUGAGUGUGAAGGAACUAGCCACGCAAGGGAGUGCUAAACUGGUCGAGGAAGAAGUACUGCAAAAAGUAGUUCCUACUGAUGCAGGAAAGAAAAAGAAAAAGAAGAAAGUCCGUAUGCUAACAAAUGAUUUACAAUGGAAAACUCCUCAUGACUUUGGCGUAGAGAACUAUAUGAUGCCAAUGGGCCCACCACCUCCUAGUUAUAAUCCAUACUGGAAUGGCAUGCAACCUUGCAUGGAUGGAUUUAUGGCACCAUAUGCUGCUCCAAUGCAAAUGAUGAGUUAUGGCCCAGGCCCAUUUGACAUGCCAUUUGCAGGUGGUAUUUCUCAAGACCCAUUUGGCAUGCAAGGAUACACGAUGCCUGUAGUUCCACCUCAUAGGGAUUUUGCUGAGUUCGGUUUAGGGAUGAAUGAUCCACCACCUAUUAUGAAUAGAGAGGAAUUUGAUGCUCGGAAUGCUAAUCUGAGGAGGAAGCAUGAAAAUGAGAGAUGGGGUGAAAGGGACUUCUCCAAAGACCGUGAAUUUGGUAGGGAGGUGAGCAGUGUUGGGGAUGUUUCUUCGAUCAAAUCAAAAACAAAAUCAAAUCCACCGUUAUCAGGUGCCUAUUCCAUUUCCCAUCAACGUCAGCAACAGUCAGAUCAGAACCAUAGAUCAGCUGGCCACUAUUCCAACCGCAACCACGAGGACAAGCAAUCACAUCCUCAUAAAUCAAAAUCAGAGCAGCAUUCCGACCGCAACCACGAUGAUGAGCGGCACAGCCACCACAGCAACCACAGACCAGAAACCACAUACAACGAUUGCAAGCAGAAGAACAUCUUUUCUCGCAUAAGCUUCCAAGCCGAGGAAGAAGCUAUUGCUAAAAAGAAAAAGAAGGCUUCCACAAUGCAAUCAUCAGCCACUGCCUCAAUGGAACACGUGUCAAACGGCUACUAUGAUGUGAGACGAAAUGAUAAUGAUUGUAGCGAUGACGAUGACCGGCAUUUCAAACGGAGACGGUCGAGGUACGAGUUAGUGGAUUCAAGAGACCGGAAGCAUAGGUGA